AUGAACAUGGUCAGGUAUGAGUACACAACAACUUUCCUAGUUAUGUUUUUGUUAUGUCCUAUGGUUUUCUCUUUGUUGUCUCAAAACCAAACACAAACCAUGAACACUCUCUCCAAUCUUGUUAACAACCCUGAUUGGAAUACCAACAAGCACCCUAAUCCAUGUACAUGGAAAGGUGUCACUUGUGACCUUACCAAUUCAACUGUCAUCAAAAUUGUUUUGUCUGGUUUUUCUCUCUCUUCACAGUCUCUUCCUGUUUUCUGCAAAAUUGAAACUUUGCAGCACCUUGAUGUUUCUAAUAACAAUCUGAACUCUAUCCCAGAUGGGUUUAUUUCCGCUUGUGGAAAAAUUGUGAGUUUAAAGCUUUUGAACUUUAGUGGAAAUGUGUUGAGUGGUGUUUUGCCUACUUUUCAUGGUUUUGGUGGAUUGGAAACACUUGACAUGUCUUUCAAUCUCUUGAAAGGAAGCAUUGAUUUGCAGUUAGAUGGAAUGGUUAGUCUCAAGUCUCUUAAUCUCAGUAGCAAUCGGUUCUCUGGGAAAUUUCCAACUAACCUUGGAAAGUCUAUGGUUUUGGAGCAGCUUGUGCUUUCAAACAAUCAUUUUCAAGGAACAUUCCCUGAACAAAUUUUGAGCUAUAAAAAUUUGACUGUGAUUGAUUUUAAGUCAAAUUUUCUUUCUGGGUUUCUUCCUGUAAAUAUUGAAAAUCUUUCCAAAUUGGAAAUUUUGAGUCUUUCCUCUAAUAAUCUAGUUGGCCAAAUCCCAAAGACAAUUAUGAAUAUCAGAUCUCUUGUAAGAUUUGCAGCUAAUCAAAAUCAUUUUAUUGGUUCUGUUCCUCCUGGAAUUACAAAAUUUCUAAAUAGUUUGGAUCUUAGUUACAAUAAUUUAUCCCAGUCUAUUCCAGAAGGCCUUUUAUCUCCAUCACAGCUAAUGCUUGUAGAUUUGUCCUAUAACAAUUUACAAGGGCCUGUGCCUGCAAAUAUUUCACCUAGUUUAGUCAGGUUAAGAUUAGGGGGAAACUCCUUGACAGGAGAGGUUCCUUCGAUCACUUGCAAUGAAGCCGAACACAAUUUGACCUACAUGGAGCUGGAUAAUAACCAGUUGGCAGGUUUGAUACCGCCUGAAUUAGGCUCUUGUAAGAAAUUGGCCUUGUUGAAUUUGGCUGAGAAUCAGUUGACGGGUGCAUUGCCACCAGAACUUGGAAAUCUUAACAGUCUUCAAGUCUUGAAGCUUCAAACGAACAAGCUUAAUGGUACUAUUCCAAUUCAAAUUUCUCAAUUGCAAAAGUUGUCUACCUUGAACUUGAGCCAGAAUUCUCUGGAUGGACCGAUUCCGUCUGAGAUGACAGCAAACCUUACAUUGCUUUACUUGCAAGGGAACAAUCUUAACGGGUCUAUACCUCCGUCUAUUGGAAACUUGGGGAAACUUUUAGAACUCCAGCUUGGAGAAAACCAGCUGAGUGGUGAUAUUCCAAAAAUGCCUUUGAGUCUACAGAUUGCAUUGAAUCUAAGCAGCAAUCACUUUAGUGGAAAUAUUCCUUCAAGUUUCAGCGAUUUGGUUAACCUCGAAGUUUUGGAUCUCUCAAAUAACAAUUUCUCCGGUGAAAUUCCUGUGUCUUUGACCAAAUUGACUGCAUUGACACAGUUGCAGCUUUCAAAUAAUCGUCUAUCAGGAGACCUUCCAUCAUUUGCUCCGUACGUUAAUGUUAAUACGAGAGGAACCGGUGUCAUGAACAAUACUAAUGUCCCAGACAACAAUUUUUCAAGAACAAAAAAUAGGAAAUCUGUUGUCGCAGCUGUUCUUAUUGCAAUUGCUGCUGCUAUUUUUGUGGUCGGUGUGGUCACCCUGCUGGUUGUAUUGAUUUCACGACACUGUUAUAGGGGUAACAAUGAGCGCGUACAGGCAAGUGAAGGUGAAAAUUUUGACCUUCAGAUCAUCCAGAGUAAUUUGUUAACUACAAAUGGGAUCCAUAGAUCAAACAUUGACUUCUCCAAGACCAUGGAAGCUGUUGCUGAAACAUCAAAUGUAACUCUGAAAACCAAGUUUUCAACUUACUAUAAGGCCAUUAUGCCAUCUGGAUCGAUCUAUUUCGCCAAGAAGCUGAACUGGUGUGACAAAAUCUUCCCUGUGAGUAGUCUUGAUAGAUUCGGGAAAGAGCUAGAAGUAUUGGCAAAGUUGAACAAUUCAAAUGUGAUGAUUCCUCUAGGCUAUAUUGUGUCCACUAACAAUGCUUAUGUAUUAUACGAGUUUCUCUCGAACGGAUCUCUCUUUGAUGUGCUUCAUGGAAGCAUGGAAAACUCUUUAGAUUGGGCUAGCAGAUAUAGCAUAGCUGUUGGUGUGGCUCAAGGUCUAUCCUUUCUUCAUGGAUGUGCCUCUGGUCCAAUACUUCUCCUUGAUUUGUCAAGUAAGAGUAUUAUGCUGAAAUCACUCAAGGAGCCUCUAGUCGGCGAUAUUGAACACUACAAGGUGAUCGAUCCUUCAAAAAGUUCUGGGAGUUUUUCUGCAGUUGCUGGUUCUGUUGGCUACAUUCCUCCAGAGUAUGCGUACAUGAUGCGAGUAACAAUGGCAGGGAAUGUGUAUAGCUUUGGGGUCAUUCUACUGGAAUUGCUGACAGGAAAACCUGCAGUGACUGAGGGGACUGAAUUGGUGAAGUGGGUUACACGUAAUUCAAGAAAUCAAGAUUACUUCCUUGAUUCGAAUGUUAGUAGAACAUCACAGGCUGUUAGAAACCAAAUGCUUGCAAUUCUGGAGAUUGCUCUUGUUUGUGUAAGCACAUCCACUGAUGCAAGACCAAAGAUGAAGACUGUGCUAAGAAUGUUGCUGAAUGCCAGAUAA